UUACUCAGAGGGUAACAGUGCUGGAGAAAAAUAACCACAGGGGGGCAGUAUUUUCUACAACAAACGUUUGUUCCCCUCACAUCACUUCCACGGUCGAGGAAACUCAGGCGGAAGUCAACAGAGAACACAGCCUGUUGUGUUACUGUGCGGAGCUACAAGAAUGGCGGAUGAGGACGAGGAGCCUGGCUUCGAUGAGGAGUUGGAGGACGGGUCCAGCGGAGUGGAUGUCGGCCACGGGAAGAGAAAGAGGCUUUUCUCCAAGGAGCUCCGGUGCAUGAUGUACGGAUUUGGAGAUGACCAGAACCCGUAUACGGAGUCUGUGGACAUUCUGGAGGACCUGGUGAUCGAGUUUAUCACGGAAAUGACACACAAAGCCAUGUCAAUCGGACGCCAGGGCCGUGUCCAGGUGGAGGACAUCGUUUUCCUCAUCCGGAAGGACCCCAGGAAGUUCGCCAGAGUCAAAGACCUACUGACCAUGAACGAAGAGCUGAAGAGAGCCCGGAAAGCUUUCGACGAAGCAAAUUAUGGCUCAUAACCACCUUUUUAACCUAUAUCUGUAGUAGCUUUCCAUUUCAUUUUAAUUGCUGUUUAAUUGAAUUGUUAAUUCUCAGACGUGUGUUCUUGAGGAGUUUGUUCAGAUGUGACUUGCUGUCCCAAGUCUGUUUUUUGUGACGUGCUGUUUAUUAUUUUAUAUAGUGGUAUGACAGUGACAAACAGUGUCAACGUGUUGUGCACACCCCUGAUGUCAUGCUGUCUGGGACUGUCUCAAUAAAGAAACUUACAUAUUUGUUAAA